AUGUCAACACACUACAAAAUAAUUUUCCUCCUCAGUCUCCUUCAGUCGCUAAGAGGUCUCGAAGUACGAUCAUGCGGAUCGGAGCCUUUGCCAUUUCAAGUGUCAGUUGAUGGUUGCGAUGCCGAGCCAUGCAAAGUUGUUAACAAGCAAAAGAUACAUUUUGAGAUCGACUUUAAAACACCUGCUGAUACUGAAGCUCUGAAGGCACAUGCAGAAGCUUUUUUGGAUAACCUUCAACUACCCUAUGAGGUCCCGAAGGAAAAUCAAAAUGCUUGUCAGUUCAUAACGAAUACUGAAUGCCCUUUGAAGGCAGGAGACGAAGUGACUUAUGAGCUUAGCUUCACAGUUGAUACUCCGAUCAUUCAGACUCUGGAUCUGAAGUUUGAGCUCAAGGAUGAUCGUAAUAGUUCAGUGUUUUGUAUUAGAACCAAAGUCUCGAUUGUAGAAAGUUAA